UUUUACUGACAAAUGAACAUUGUGAAUGGAGUUUGUUUAAAAAUUUAAAAUUGUUUGCUUACAAGGAAACAUUCAGAAAAAAAUGGCUUUUAUAUUCAUCAUAGAAACUUAUUUUAUGUGUAACGCUUGAUGUUUUUAUUCAAAAAUGGAUUUUUUACCUUCAUAUUAGAAUCAUUUGAAAACAUCAAACCAAUUUGAUAAAAAAACUGACUUUAAUUAAAUCAUUAAGCUUUGUUUUUCUGUAUGUUUAUUCAUGACUGCUGCUUAAGAAUAUAAGAAAUUCAUUCUUCAUAAAUUCAAAAUAUAAUUAAUUUUGCAUUUCAAAAAGAAAAGCAUCAAAAUGCCUUUUCAGACAUGCAUGAAUGUAAGUGAGGCAUCAAAUUUUGAAUCUAGUCUAGGGUUAUACUUGAAACCUGUUUCAAGGAUUAAGAUAAAUGUGCAGUUACCCAAGCUGAGUGUACCUGGACAAAGUAUUUCUACUUGGCAGGUUAUGGAAAAACUGAAAGAAACCAUUAGACCAGACACAUUCCUUUAUUUAAAAUCUUUGAAAAUUACAGCAACUGUUAUAAAAUUUGAAGGAGAGUUGGAAACUAAAUCCUCUUCUGAAAGAGCUCUAGCUCGCCUACGUGCAGUUGGCAGUCUUAAAUUAAAUGGUUUCUCUGAACGUUUGCAAAUACGAGCUGCACAUGCAACAAGCAUUGGACCUACACGUCAUGACUGGGAAUCAUUUUUUCGGGAUGCAAAAGGAGUAAAUGAAAUGAGACCUGGAGAAAGACCUGAUACUAUUCAUGUUGAAGAAUUACCAGUGUGCUGGUUUACUGAAAAUGGGAAGUUCACAAAUCCAAAUGAAAAGUUGCUGCGAAAAGCAUUUGGGACAUUUGGCAAAAUUAGAAGAAUAGAAAUUCCUCCUAAAACAACACCUUCAAGUAGUAUGUUUGGUAAAACAAGUUCUCUUCAUAAUGAUUUAUUAUUUGAAGCUUAUAUUCAGUAUGAAGAAUAUGUUGAAUUUGUUAUUGCAAUGGAAUCUUUAAGAGGUAAGAAGUUAUUAUACAAAGGGCCUGAUGGAAAAGUGUAUUCAGCUGAUAUAAAGGUAGACUUUGAUCGAACUAAUUACCUUAGUGAAAGAUGUAUCAAACAAAGAGCUGUAGAAGCAAAAAAAGCUUCUUUAUCAGAAGAUAUAAAAGUUGCUGCAAAAGAAGUUGAACAAUUGGAGAUAUCCCAAAAAUCCAAGGUCAAAGUUUUAGACAAAAAUUCAACCACAGUGUUAGAAACUAAAAUUUAUCCCCCUCCAUUUAUUAAUCAAGAAGAAGCACAGACAGAAGCCCAAUUACUUUUGAAAGAACUUCUGCAUAGAGCUGAGAUAUCGGAGCAGUGCAAGGAGAAACAGUUAAAACUUCCUUCUACCAAUCUUCAAUCUGAAGACAAAUCAUCAAAAUCAUUUUCAACAAAAGAUCCAACAACUUCUAAAAUGUUAAAAGAAAAUGAUAAACAAGAGAAAUCACAUAGUUUGAAGCACAUUAAAGAGAGGCAUAUGCAUCUUUAUAAGGACAAAAAUAAAUUUCAUAGAUCAAGUGAUCAUGCAUCUAGUUGUGAGGAAAGACUAUCACCUAGAGAUAAAGAUUUCCAAAAAGAUCGAAGGCAUAAACAUAAAAAUAAGCAUGAAUACAAUCAAAAUAAAGAUAAAAGGAAAGAAAAGAAAAUAGAUAAAAUAAAAGACAGAGAGAAACAACACGAAAUACGACUAAAAGAAAAGAAAAUUAAGGAAAGACUCUAUCAUUUGCAUGAACAAGAAAAGAAAAACAAAGAAAAAUUGUUGUUAGAACAAGAACGUAUUUUAAAAGAAAAACUUAUUAGAAAUUUGAAAGCCAGAGAGGAAGAAAAAUUAAAGGUUCGAGAGAAGCUAAGAAAAGAACUUGCUGGUAGCAAAGUUUUAAAAAGUGUGCUUGCAAAUCCUAAUAUUUCAUUACCAAAGAGAAGUCUGUAAAAUAUUUCUAUUAUGUAUUAUAUUUAUACAUAAAAUUUCACUUGUUGAAGAAAUAAUUUUAAUUAUAUAUUUUUAUAAGCAUGAAUGUAUGUGAUAUACAUUUUUUUCGAAAGCGUAUUGCUUUAUCUAACAGUAUUAGAAUCAUUAGAUCAGUAUUUAAAUAUUUAUAAUAAAUUAAUUUUAACUAUUAAUGAUAAAAUCAUUGUGAUUUUUAGAAUAACUGGAUUUUAAAUACAGUAUCUAACAUUUUUGUACCAUAAAAAAUCAUUCCAGAUAGUAAGUGUUUUGUAAAUGUAGAAUUAAAAAAUCAAACAUAUUUUUGAUUCUUCUAAAUGUAUGUUGAAUCCCUGAAAUGUUGGAUCAUUCACUGUUGUAAUGUAAUGGUGUUAAUUUAGAACAUCAGGGAUAUAUUUAUUUUGACAUUAAAAUAAUAU